AUGGUCCGCUUCAAACACCGCUACCUCCUCAUCGACAUCCUCUACCCCCCGUCCUCCGAUAUCUCCUCCAAUACGCCCAGCACAGCCAAAACCAAAACCAAACCCCCGCCGACAAGUACCAGCUCCAGUACUGCAAAUGCAAACGCUAACCUGACAACACACCUCCUCAUCCACCGCCCGACACCGGAUACACUGACACCGCAAUCCCUCGCGCGGGCCGUAAGGGAACAUAUUGCGGAGAUGUUUGGUGAUUGGGGAAUGGGUAGGUUAGGAGGAGGCGGAGCGGGGGGUGUUAGUGUAAAAUACCUCUCCCCCGCAACAUCGACAGCGAUAAUCCGCUGUCCCCGCGCGAGCUAUAGACUUGUUUGGUGCGCACUUACGUAUAUGUCUCGUUUACCUGCGUCAAGGGGCGGGGGUUGGGGUGGGAGGGCAAAUGCGAAUCUGCAGAUGCAGGAUGAUUGUGUGUUCCGGGUUGUGAGGGUUUCCGGGACGAUGAGAAAGGCGGAGGAAGAGGCUAUUUCUAGGGCGAGGAGGGAGGUCGUUAGGAUGCGGGGGGCCGGAGAGAAGGGGGGUGGGUUGCUGGAGGGAAUGUUUGGGGGGGAAGUUGAAGUGGAUGUGGAUGUGGGAGAGGAUGGAGAGGAAGACGAGAGAAGUGAUGAGGAUUGA